CGAGGCGCACAGCUCGCCUGCUCGUUCAAUGAGCCUGCAAGAAGCAGCCGAAGCGCGCAAGCAAAAACUCGCCGCCCUCAAGAAGCGCAAGGCGGCCGCCCUCACCGGCACCAAGGACUCUGCCGACGCCGACGACAACAAUCCCGACGCCGAGGGCUUCAAGUUCCGCAACUACGACGCGGACACGGGCAAGGCGCGCAAGCACGCCCGCACCGACGAGGCCGACACGGUCGAGAAGCAGGUCGAGGGCCUCGCAGACCAGGCCAUUGCCCAGGACGAGCUGCAGCGCGCCCAGGAGCUUGACCUCACCAACAUCCAGCCCAAGAAGCCCAACUGGGACUUGAAGCGCGACUUGGAUCGCAAGCUCUCCAAGCUCAAGCCCAAGACCGACCUCGCCAUCUCGCAGCUCAUCCGAAAACGGCUCCAGGCCCAGCGAGGGACGGCGACCGAGCCGGCAACAGACGAGCUCCUCGCCGGGAUGGACAAGGCGGGCGCAGAGGCGGAAGAGGCGGCGUCGGACGAGGAGUGAGCGGUCCGGCGGAGGUUUGUACUACCCCCUUUGUGUGUGUCUCUCUCGGCGCCAACGUGUGCGCUUCUGUACUGCUAGUCGACGUUCUCUCGACCGU